AUGCAUAUUAAAAAAACUCAUGGUUGUCAUCCUGCUGGUGGCGGCUGUACUCGUCAAGAAUGUAGUGCUCAGAUUACCUAUGCCAAUUUGAUAUCAGGUUCUAUACUUGAUAUUACAGUUGAUUCUGGAAAUGCUACGGACGGUUUGGGAACAUCUGCGAUAGGUCACUUUACCAUGAGUUUUGAAUUUGGUAAUGAUGUACGGCAUUUUAGAUUUCUUAAAAAUCCUAUAUUUGUUAAUGGUUGUAAAUGUGAGGAUUGCAAAAAUAUACCUCGGACAUACUCAUCCCAAUGGAAGUUUAAGGCAUCAUUACCUCCAAAAGGAACUUGGUUUGAUGUUUGGAUUGCAAUAUAUUGGAAUUGUGGAUCAGGCGAUUUUGGUAAAUACUGUUAUAGCCAAAAUGUACACUAUCGAGAUCAAGUCAGAUAG